CUAAUAUCACCUCAUUCAUUCGUGGUCUUCAGGCUCAAUUGCUCCCCCUCCGGCCAUACAUCUCCACUCUCACGAGUCCAACUCGACCGAAAUCCGGGUGAACACCCUCUUCUCCGCUCCUACACCUCUUUCUCUUUCUUCUUCCAGCUCAAUUGGCUGUCUCGAGGACGACAAUGCUCUACAGAACCACUGCUGCCCGCUCUGUGCUCAGAGCUUUCCAGAGCUCCAACGGCUCUGUCGCCCGCUCGGUCCUGUCCAACAAUGUCUUCAAGGCUCCCUUGACCUCUUCCGCUCGCUUCCCCGUUCGCCCGAGCUCCCCCAGCCUCGCUCUGGCUGCUCGCAAGCCCGUCACCACUGCUCUUAUCCGCCAUGCUUCCACCUCCCACAAGGACGGCGAGGAGGAUACCGACAUGAUGGCCGGCAUGAAGGCUGAGGCUAAAGUGAUCAAGGACACCUUCAGCCUGGAGGCUGUCCCCAAGGAGGCUCUCUACCUCGGAAUGGCCGGUGUCAUUCCCUACCUUGCUACCUCCCUCGAGACUGUCUACCUCUCCUGGGAGAUCAAGAACGCCGCCAUUGCCGGUGACGGUCUGCUCUUCUCCGGUCAGAGCGCCGAAUUGCUGCUGCACAUGCUCGAGCCCGUCCAGGUCGGCUACGGUGCUGUCAUUCUCUCCUUCCUCGGAGCCAUCCACUGGGGUCUCGAGUGGGCCGGUUACGGCGGUAAGUACGGCUACAAGCGCUACGCCGCCGGUAUCGUCGCCCCCGCCGUUGCCUGGCCUACUCUGCUGCUCCCCGUCGAGUACGCCCUGAUCUCGCAGUUCCUCGCCUUCACCUUCCUGUACUACAACGACGCCCGUGCCUCCGCCUCCGGCCGCGCCCCCGCCUGGUACGGCAUGUACCGCUUCGUCCUGACCUUCAUCGUCGGUGCCAGCAUCGUCGCCAGCUUGAUCGGCCGCGAGCAGAUCUCCGGUACCCUUACCGGCGAGCACACCAUCAAGGACAAGAUCAACGCCCUGAUCUUCCUGCAGAAGAAGGAGAAGGAGGAGGCCGAGGCCCGCAAGCGCGCCGAGCUUGAGGAUGCUGAGUAAAUUUCUGUUUCAUUAAGAAAUCCUCAGAGUCGUUGUGCCAGUAUAGUAUCCGAUGAAGAAAGAGAAAAGAGGAAAGCGUGUUGUAGGAGAAGAGGGGGAGUGUCGAUGUGAUUGAUUGUAUCCUUUUGAAUAUUGGUUGAGUUUUUCUUGUAGAUUACAAUGCGAAGUUCAACGAUGCCCUCAGCCGGUCUGGCUGGUUGCUUUUCAUUUGUC